GCAAAUGUGAAGAAGUCGAAAAAGAAAAUAUUAUAUUUUCGUAAUUUGUGCGAUAAUGGCCGCUUCGGGAGGAAAUAUCGAGUGGUCUACUACAGUUAAACCAAUAUUAACAGCUUUGUACGGCCCAUUUUUCGACAAAAAUGAUGCUGCAGAAAUAAUACAAUCGAUACUCAAAAGUGAUAACGACUUUCAGAAUCAUGCUGACAGAUACGAUCUCUUCUACACAUGUUUCGCGUGCCUAUCCGCGCACUUUAUCACAGUCAACGCUUCGAACUUGUCGCCCGAUCAGCUAGGGCCGGCACGCGAUGCGUUCCGCGUGAUCCUACGACAGAUGCUUAAGAAACUAUCAGAGGCCGGACUCAGCUAUGAGGAAUCUACCGCUGCUACGGAUGUGUCCAUUUGGCAGCUCCUCCAACCCAUUGUGGAUCUAUGCGGUAUGGAUGGGGGCGGCUACACCCAACUGGACCUGGUCAUCCUCACGUCGCUCCUCAAGAGCGCCAAACUGCCCGCUCAUGUCAUCAUACCUGACGCCGCCACAACAUCAACAACACAACCGACCGCCGCCGAAAAGCAGGCCGUCUCCAACACGCAGCGCCGCUCCGACGCACUUCUAGAGCAACUGACUGAGCCGCUGAAGAGCGUCGGCUCGGCGCUGGCGCCGCUCGCGGCCGCCAACGACGAGGACACCGAGAGUGCCCAGCCACAAGCUGAUAUCAAGAAAUGGGUGUCCACCACAGUCGCAUCACUCCUAAUGGAACUCAGAGCGGGCUCAGUGAUCCUCAAAGUGUGCUCAGCUCUGCCGUGCCUACAACGGUAUCUGAGCCGCUGGGAAACGGCCAAGGAAGCGGCGGCCUCUCCGCAGUUCAACUCGGACGCGGCACUGCAACACUUCCUCGUGAAGGAAGUAGUGGUGUGUCGCCUCGCGCUCUCGCUGCCUUGCCUCGAACCAUUCACCGCCGAGCGUAUAUCGACGCUCAGCGACAUUAGCACUGCUUGGCUGCUCUGUGCUACUGCUCAGGCAUCCUUACACCCGAAGGACGAGGAGAUCGAACAGCAAAUAGCGAGCCUCGUCGAAUGCGCGCUCAGCUUGUAUCAUACAGUUGGAGAGACGUUCCGGGAAAGUACCAGAGCGGGAGGUUAUGUCUACCAAAACCAUCUAAUGAUCGGCGGCUGGGUGCUGCUCUGUGGGCUGCAUCACGCGCUGGUCGGCGCGCCCAUGGUCACCUCCACGCCCGGCAAGUGCCCAGCCAAGACACAGUCACGGCCAUACAAUUUAACCAAAAUGCAACAAGGGCUCGGCGCAGUCUGGGUGGCGCUUGGCGGCCGUUGCCUCGCGUGGCUCGGCGCCCUACUUUCCGACGCGCGUCUAGAGGCACUUAGCGGCAGUACAACAGGCACUAGUGCCCCGGCGCCUCUCUUGAUCCUCGGGCAGCACACGGCGCACGAGAGGGAGCUGCGGCUCGCCAGCGCCGCGCCCGUACACCAGCUCCUCGUCGCUCUCGGCGUCGUGUGCUACCGCAAAGCGACCAACCUCAAGCGGACGGUGGUUCAGAAACAGAAUGCCGACGCCGACCCGGACCGGUCGGACUCUACAGUAUAUUUCCAAGACAUGACUAUGUGCUCUGAAGACUCUGAGACUGAUGACGACAGCGAGCUUCUAUUUGGCCUCUGGUUCGAAUCGACCCUAGCCGCUGCCAACGCCCCAGAGAGUACGAGCGUCGCCCGCACCGGAGGCACUGAAGGGGCCGACGCCGCGGAGCAACCUUCGAGGCCUCGUCAGGCACUCGUGCCGGACAAGUCGGAGCCUUAUUCUUACAUCCGACUGGCAACAGAAGUGUUCACUUUACUGACGGCGGAGAUUAUAAGCCCAGGCUCAGAGCGGCUUGGACAGAAUGCAUUACAACUGCACGACGCGCACCAAGCGCUGCUCGCGGCGCUGGCCAAGGAUCUGGACCGGGAGACGGCGCGCACUGACACAGGCACCAUAUCACCCUGCUUCGGUCCCCGCAUCUGCGCGCUCUACGCCUCCUUCAGCUCCGCGCUAGUGCGCUACUUGCACAACCUGAUCAGCGCGCCCGGCUUCGCGUCGCUCCAACCGGCGCUGCACCAGCAGCUGACGAGCGGAACCGAGCGCGGCAACAGCACACCACUACAGGUCGGCCCGCGAGUCGUGAAGCUUCUCGGCGGCAUGGUGCUGGCUAAGCCGGCGGUAGAAAGAGAGAACACCAUCCUCGCGAUGUGGCACAAGAUCGUGAACACGCUGCAGGAGUGCGCGCUGCAGCCGCAGCCAUCACAGGAACACGACUAUGAAGAUUUGAACGUGGAACACGCACAGCUACUAGUCUACCUGUUCCAUUCGCUAACUUUGAUGCAGAAAAAGUCUGUUCUUCUUAUGACAUCAAACGCUAUUAUUAAAGUCGUAGAAACACUGGCCAUAAGCGACAGGAAACGAGCGAUGGUGUUGGCUCCACACCAGCUGAUUCUGAUCACGAGGCUGAUGUUGCUUUUGGAAUACCUCAUGAGGCAUCUGUAUGAUGCCCCGCAGACGUUACUGCAACAGAUCGAAUGGAACCUCGUAAUAGCAACAGGUCUCGUGCAGUCGCCCACCGACUCCGCCAACGCCGCCAAAACGACCACAGAGAGCGGUCAGAUGAAGACGCGCAUAUACUGCGAGGUGCCGCACAUUGAGACCGCGUACCGACGGCUGUCGUCAAGCGAGACCUCGAUGCGACCCAAGUUUUAUGCGCUGACCAACUCGGAAAUUAAUAAUCAGGAAAACCCAAAAUUCGACGGGCUAGCAUGCAACUUCGUGCUCGGCACGCCGCACAAGCUAAAAUAUCCGCUACUACUCGAUGCUCUACUGUCGUUGCUCAACUCCGCUUGCGUUUGCGAUAAUCCAGCGUCGCUGUCAUCUCCUGCUGCGCUCUCGGCGGCGCACUAUUGCUUCCAGACUGCGUGGAGACUCGUUGUGAGCAUGCCACCAGCGACACCACACAUGGACAAGCUCCAAGCGGGCACGCAGGCCGAACUACCGUCGCCAUUGCCGCUUCACGCCAUCAUCUGGGCGCCGAGAGCGGAUAACAAGAAGGUUUUCAAUCCCUGGCUGAAGGACGCGCUAGUCAAGCAGGGGAUGUAUACACAGUAUGCGGAAAACUUGCUCGCUGGAGUGAGUACGUCGUGCGACAACAUGAAAUACCACCUCUGGCUCGCCGGAGAAACUAUCAAGCAUCUCAAGGAUAAUAUUACGCCGAAUGGUCUACCAGCUCUGCUGGACGUAAUAUCAUGCGAUGCGGCUUUAGUACGCCUGAAACAUAGCCUGGGGGACGGCGCGUGCGCCGAGGUGCAAGAGUUCAUUCCUGACUUGCUGAGCCUGCUGGAGACCGCGUUCGAGUUCUGCCGACUAAGCACCGACCUCGAACUAGAUGGGCUAAUGGAGAGCUCUGACAACUCCUCGAAGGCGGCCGUCCGACGCGCCCGCAUGAUGGUUAGCGGGACCAGCGUGCCGGCCAUCAUCGCGUCCAACACGCUCGGCUGCUGGCUCACCAUGCAGCUGCCGCCAACCGCGGCCACCAUGAUUGAGCGGAUCGCCUUGCAGCCGCCGAUGGCCGAAGUGACCAUGGAACAAUACCAAUCCCACAUCAUACCGCUAGAGAGCGCUGUCCUGGCCCUGGUAGCCUACCACAUCGAACUCAUCAGUGCCAACCAGAAAUACUCCAUCAGCAUGUCUCUGAUGACGCUCGCGUACUCCGCCGCGAAACUUUUACAGAUCGCCGCGCCGAAGAUAGCCGAGAAUCCUACGUUGAUGAAGAGGACGAUGGAUCUCGUGGUACCUGCUUUGACGGACGCCCGCCUACAAUUCAUGUGUCCCGAGCCACUCGGCGCUACACUGACCAUUCUAGUGCCCGAACAGGCAAAAUCCGUGCAACUCUUACACGAGCAUAUACUGAAGACGACAUACCCUGUGCUGGUCGAUCAUCUGCAGCGGUCCACUGAGAAGACGCUGCAGCACAUGAUAAACUACUGGGAGAAAGCCCUGACCAAGUCCGUAGGCAGGCUAGCAUACGAGACCGUGUUCGUCGAAGAAUCCGAAUACGUCCUCGCGAAGAUUCUUCUGUCCGUGCCCAACGCUAGGGUCGCGUACGCAGAGAAAGUUAUUGAUUUAUUUAUAAAGAUCUUCGCUGGCUGCGAGAACAACGAACUCAGCAGCUCUCUCUGCAUAUCAAUAUGCAAAUACAUAGGUAUCGCGGAUCAACAGAAGUUAGCCAGUCUGCUGUCUCUCAUCUGUACUAGCGCUAAGCGCUCAGCAAACGCGUCGCCCCCUGAAACCGAGCUACCCACACCAACAUCUACGACGCCCGAAGGGGGCGCCCACGCGUCGCUGGCGCUCCGCAACGCGCUGCGCACUGUGUUUACAACAGAGGAUGAAUCCCCAGCGCGUACUGGAGCCCCGGACACGCCGGCAGGAUCAUCCCAAGCGACGAAAACUGCGGAAACAGACGAUAGCUGGGUGGACAGCGAACUGGACAAGACAGUGACCGUCGAGGAAGCCACUGCUAUCGACAAUACGGUGCUGCUCACAGACGUCUCCAGCGACAACGCGGCCCUCCUCACCGCUAUAUGCAAGCACAUCGUGCAACAUUGCGACGAGCAAGUGAGCGAGCGCAUGCUGGCUGCUUUAAUCACCGUGUGCGGCGAGAACGCAUGCGCGCCCCUGCUCAUGAGGGAGAUGUGCCGAUUGGCGGACGCUCACUCCGGCGGCGACCACAAGCAGCUGUUCCCGGCGGCGCAGGGCUGGCUGACGACAUGCGUAAAUAAACUGAGCGCCCCAGAGGUCUUGGAAAAGCUUGAAGAGGGACAAGUAGACGACACAUUAGCCCCGCAGAUCGAGUCUGCUUGCGUGCUGCUCUCAUACAUCGCAGACGCGUUGCACGCCAUCAACAACUCACAGCCGCCAAAUUGGAGAUCCGUCAGCCCGACAUGGGAGGCGCCGUGCGACCUCGGCUUCGACUUGGACUAUGCUGACGAACAGCAAGACGAUGAUGACACCAGCGCUGAUGAUUCCGACGAAGACGCCAUGCUCCAAUACAAACUCUGCACCUUCACCGUGACCCAACGCGAGUUCAUGAACCAGCAUUGGUACCACUGCCACACGUGCAAGAUGGUGGACGGCGUCGGCGUGUGCACCGUGUGUGCACGAGUAUGUCAUCGCACACAUGACGUGUCCUACGCCAAGUUCGGCAAUUUCUUCUGCGACUGCGGCGCGAAGCCCGACUCCAGCUGCCAAGCCCUAGUCAAGCGUUCCGUGACGCUAGGAGGCGCCCGCUCGGGUGGUGAAGAAGCCCCCCCUGCGCCGUCUCACCGCCGCCGCCCCUCCAGCCCCGUACCGCCCGCGCUGCUCGCGCCGCCGCGCCGGCCCGUGCUCGCCGUCAACAUACAAGGCUGCCGUCAAUACCUAGCCUCGUACUCAGGGUGGGGCGCGUGCAUGGACAAGGUCCGCAAGCUCCUCGACGUGUUGUCCGGCCCGGUGCGUGCCGCGUGCGAGCGCGGCGCGGCCGUCGGCGCGCACGGACGCGCUCAGCGCGCGCUAGCGCAGCUCCAUCUAGGCGAGAAGAGAUUCGUGCAUACUGACAACCUUAUGGUGCCUACGCUGGGUUCCCAAGAGGGUGCAUUCGAAAACGUCCGCAUGUCGUACACCGGCGAGAACGGCCAGACGAUCCGCCAGCUGAUUUCGAACCACAAGUUGCGUCGUGUCGCGAUGUGCUGUUUGGCGUCGCCGCAGGGCCGCCGUCAGCAUCUCGCCGUGUCACACGAGAAAGGAAAAAUCACCGUACUCCAGCUAUCCGCCCUGCUCAAACAAGCGGAUUCGUCCAAACACAAACUGACCCUCACUCGUCUUUCAUCAGCACCCAUACCGUUUACCGUUAUCUCGCUGAGCGGUAACCCGUGGAAUGAAGACUUACUUGCCGUGUGCGGUAUGAAGGAGUGCCAUGUACUGACAUUCAACAGUGGAGGCACAGUGGCAGACCACCUAGUCGUCAACCCCGGUCUAGACGCCAACAACUUCAUAAUCAAGACGAUCUGGCUGCCCGGCUCGCAGACGCAGCUCGCGCUGGUGACUUCAAACUUCGUCAAGAUAUUUGAUCUCAGCAAGGACCUCAGCAAUCCUGUGCAUCACUUUCUGGUGCCUAACGGAAAGGUCCGGGACGUGACAUUCGUGAACCAAGAAGGCGUGCUGUACAUGAUAUGCAUGAGUUCAGGCGGCCACAUGUACUGGCAACCCACCAGUGAGGAGUCACGGGCUUCUCUUGGCACAUUCUACAUUACAAACACGCUGGAGGUUCUGCAUCCGGAGAUACAGGAUGUCGCUGGCAGCGUCUGCGGUGGCGGUGUCUCCGUGUACUACUCGCACACGCUCAAAAUGCUGUUUUUCUCGUAUUCUCACGGCAGGAGCUACCUCGCGCCAUUGAGCACUGUCGAAGAAAGCGUCAAAGGCACCGCAUUGAUCCCGCAACCCCUAGCCACCCCGCCCAAAGAAGGUCGCGGGGGCGGCAAGCAGGGCAACGUGCAGGCACUCUGCCAAUGGGCCGAGGUCCCCGGACACCCGGGCCUGGUCACGGCUGUGCUGCAGUCUUCCAACAACCCUAUGGUGCUCAUGCUCACGCCUAGCAAUAUCUACCUCCAGGAGAUCAAGGUCGUCCCGGCCAAAGCCAAGAUCACAGACAUGGUGGCCGUCCGCCACUGGUGCGGCGGCGGCGGCGAGCAGAAGAGCACCCUCAUUCUUCUCUGCGAAGACGGAAGCCUACGCAUGUACGCAGCUAGCCCAGAGCAUACGGGCUUCUGGCUGUCGCCCACGAUACAGCCGACGCACGCGCCGAGGCGCAGGCCCAGAGCGCUUACGCAUUCUAAAGGGAAGGCUCAACAGACGGCCUCAUCAAAGUCCAACUCCAAUGGCUCCCCGCAGUUCCCUAUCGAUUUCUUUGAGCACUGCGUCGCCAUGUCCGACGUCGAGUUUGGAGGCAAGGACCUCCUGCAGGUCUACAAUACAGCUCAGAUCAAGCACAGGCUGAACACUACAGGAUUGUACGUGGUGUCCACCAAGAUGACUGGAUUCGCCGUUGAAGUGAUAAACUCUGAUCCUAACAUGGUCAUUUGCGGUAUAAGAGUUUUACUCGGCAGUCAAGAUGUUGCCAGAACACCCACUUAUAUUGAGGUCCUCGGUCGCACAAUCCCAACCGUAGUUCUCCGCAACCGCUGGUUCGACAUACCCCUCACCCGCGAGGAGUCCCUCCAGUCCGAUAAGAAAUUCAUCAUCAACUUCGGACCCUCGCAAGACCCCGACGGCAUCUCCAUGGUGGACUCCGUCAAGGUGUACGGGAAGAAUAAGGAGCAGUUCGGGUGGCCUGAGGAAAAUGAGGACCCGUCAUCGUGUCCGUCUUCCAGUAAGACAACACAGGAAGCCGAAGGCACCGCCGGCGCAUGGAAGCCCAGCCCCCUCGAGCGCCUAGCGUGCGCCGCUCUCGAAGCCCUCGAGCUCGGCGCCGGCGCGCCCGUGUCGUCGCUGGCCGCCGCGGGCGCGGAGGGCGGGGCGGAGGCGGCUCGCAAGCUGCUCUGCGCGCCGGCCAGCGCCCACCUGCACGCGAGAGCCCAGUGCCUGCUGCGGGCCGUGCACCACCAGCACUACCACCAGUACAAGGACCAAGCAAUCUUGAACUACGUAUGCUCAUCACUACGAGACCUGCGCGCGACCUGCGACCCUCGCAACAUCGACCCCGAAGCGUUCUUCCGUCUCGCUCUACUAGCGAGAGGGGUAGCUGUCGCUCGCCCCGCGCAUCUUGUCAAAUACAGCGCACCUACACCGCAACGGCCGGCUGACGGUGACUGGUCAGCGCUCUGGAAGGAGUCUGACGACAGUAAAGACCCUCACGUGAUAGCGCUGCUCGCCAGCGUGCUGUGGCGGCUGGCGGCGUGUCGCGGCGCCGCGAGCGGACCGCCCGGCGUGCUGAUCUACGGGCUGCGGCACGUGGAGCACACGCUGCAUGCGCUCGCGGACAUCGUGCACGCGUUCCAGCUGCACGCGGAGCCCUGCUGCCUUGACUUCGGCAACCAAAUCUACCUGUCUCUCCUGCUAGCUGAAGACCAGAGCAUCAGCUUCGGCGCUAAGGCGGCCAUAAUGAGGGUCCUCCGCCCUAGAGUCAAGAGGCGACGAGUGUACAUACCAUCUCCACCAAAUACUCCAGGAGUCGGCCCAUCAAGCUCAACAGUAGCGAACGUUGCCCAAGCGUCCUCCACCGUGGUCGAAGCCAUAGUGUCCGCCGUGGAGAUGUCCCAAGCUGAACACGAGGAGAUCGAAUACGUGGAUUUGGAGGACGCGUUAGAGCCUAUGGUGCUGCUUGCACCUGAUGGAGGCCUAGACGCCCUUCUCGACAUCCCGCCAGACGCCGACGACGAGACGAUGGUGGAGCUGGCCAUAGCGCUCUCACUGCAAGACCAACCGCGCCGCGCGCCCCCCGCACCCUCAGCGCCUCCACCCCCCGCGCCCGGCUUCAGCGACGCCACCGCCUCCCCGCCGGGAUCUGACGACGAAGGCAGCACCGCAGCCACCGACGGCAGUACGCUCCGCACUUCACCCGCAGAACCGCCCGGCUCCGCGGGCUCAGAGAGCGGCGGUUCCGGUGCCGACAGCAUCGGUGGCGUUUCCGGCCGUAGCAGCGCUUAUGCCGGUGCCUCGACGUCCCUGUCUCAACCCGGCGCGUCCACAUCGCGCACAGCCGAACUAGAGACCGAGACGCGUAAAUUGCACGCGCUGCGGCUGUCUCUGCUCUCCGCCGCUCUGGACGCGCUGCCGACGCUGCGCUCGCUGCCCGGCGUGCGCGCCAUACCGUUUGUGCAGGUGGUCCUCAUGCUGGCCGGCGACCUCGAUUCCACCGUCGAAGCGGACCGCGCGGUCCUCGAGCGCCUCCUAGACCUGCUCGUCUCCGAACUGGACAUGGGCACCGAUGAGGACGCGCCCGCCAUGACACCCGCCGUCCACGAGCGUACCAACCGCCGCGAGCUGCAGCUGGUGGUGAUGCGACUGCUCAGUGUCCUAAUGGCCCGCUGGAAGUCCACCUCCUCCGGCAACACGACAGCGCGCGAGGGCUCCGGUUCCGCCUGCGCCGCGCACGUGUCCCGCCUCGCCGCCGCCGCGCUCAUACGUGCCGGAGCGCCCCUGCACUGCUACAGGGUGCUGGCUGCGCUGUUACCGUAUUGGAAGGACAAGACUGCCAACGCUGGCACAACAACGCCUACAGCGCAGGUGGUGAAGCCCCAAGCGCCGCACCCGCUGCCCGACAUGCAGCCGUUCUUCGUGAAGGAAUACGUGAAGAGCCACGCGCUAGACGUGUUCGACAACUACCCCCAACUGCUGAUGGAGAUGGCGCUCCGCCUGCCGUGCCAGAUCCACAAACACUGCGAGCCCGUACACUUCGACUCGCGUUGGCGCACUCUGCUCUGCGAGUACAUGAUGAACCAGCAGACCCCGCUCAGGAAACAAGUCCGAAAACUGCUUCUCCUGCUAUGCGGUACCCGCGACCGCUACCGUCACACGCGUGAUGUACACGCGCUCGAUACCCAUCUGAACGCCGCUAAGGCGCUGCUAGAGACUGACCCGGCCUACGACAGACUUGUACAACUCAUGGAUCAUUUGAAGGCAUGCGCGGAGAUCGUCAGCGCCCGCACCGGCAACUGGCAGCACACGUGCGCCACGGAGCGUAGAGAAGCGCUCGCGUGGUUAGUACGCUGCGCGCGGCGCGUGCAUCCACACGUGGCGCCCACCGUGCUGCAGCUGCUGCAGGGCGCGCUCACCGACACCAAGCCGGACAAGACCCCAUCAGCAGCAGCGUCUACCUCCGAAUGGCAGGAACGCGAGCGCAGCGCGGACAGCGACGCGUUCGUGUCGGACGGCUCCAAGUUCCAGGAGCAUCGGGUGCCCGUCCUCGUGCAGCAGAUACUCAAACAGGUGUCUCAAGAGGAACUUAAGAUGUUCGUGAAGGCUUUCCUACUGGAUACAAACUCUACAGCGGUCCGUUGGCAGGCUCACGCUCUGCUACUAGCUAUCUACAACAACUCGCCGCCAGCAGAGCAGGCGUCGCUAGUGUCCCUUCUGUGGGGCAUUUGGCCCACACUACCUCAAUAUGGGCGCAAAGCGGCUCAGUUCGUUGAUCUCUUGGGCUACUUUACACUCAAGACCACGGAUAUUGACACCGAGAAAUACGUCGGCAGCGCGGUAGACCUGCUCCGCAGCCAGAACCAGCUCCUAUCCAUGCACGGCAACGCGUCCCUAUACGCCGCUCUCGGCGCCUACGUGGAGCUGGACGGCUAUUACUUGGAGUCCGAGCCGUGCCUGGUCUGCAACAACCCCGAGGUGCCCAUGGCGACCAUCAAGCUGCCCACUAUCAAGAUCGAUUCAAAAUUCACAACGACCACCCAAAUAGUGAAGUUAGUGAACAGCCACAUGAUCAGCCGCAUCAGCCUGCGCAUCGGCGACAUCAAGCGCAGCAAGAUGGUGCGCAGCAUCAACUUCUAUUACAACAAUCGCACCGUGCAGGCGGUGCAGGAGCUCAAGAACAAACCUGGCAUGUGGCACAAGGCGAAGCGUGUCCAACUCCAAUCUGGUCAAUCGGAGGUCCGCGUCGACUUCCCGCUGCCGAUCGUCGCUUGCAACCUCAUGAUGGAGUACGCAGACUUCUAUGAGAACCAGCAGGCUACAGGCGAAUCGCUACAAUGUCCUCGUUGCUCGCAAUCCGUGCCGGCCAAUCCUGGCGUCUGCGCCAACUGCGGCGAGAACGUGUUCCAGUGCCACAAGUGUCGCGCUAUAAACUACGACGAGAAAGACCCGUUCCUCUGCCACGCCUGCGGUUUCUGCAAAUACGCCAAAUUCGACUACACGCUCACCGCCCGCCCUUGCUGCGCCGUCGACAACAUCGAAAACGACGAGGAACGCAAGAAGAUGGUGCAAACCAUUGGCGCGCUGUUGGAUAAGGCCGACCGCGUGUACCGCCAGCUGGUCGCUAACAAACCCGUGCUGGAGUCCCUCGUGCACAAGAUAAGCGAGCACCGCCUGGAAGGGCGCCCCGGUGACGAGAACAGCAACGCGUCCACCACCUCCUUCGGCGGUGCGCAGAUAAACCGAGUGAUACAGACCCUCGCGCACAAGUACUGCGUCGACAGCAAGGGGCACUUCGAGGACUUGUCCAAGAUCAUACAGAAGGUGCUGGCUUGCAGGAAAGAGCUAGUAGCCUACGAUAGAUCUCAAAGUGAACAACUGAAGGGAGAUACGCUACCAGUAUACGCUGGUUUGGUGCAAAACUAUGAUGGAGAACUUACCAAAGAUGACGCGGAUCAAGGCAGUUCUCCUAGCGAUAUAUGUAUAAAAUCGGGCGGCGGGUGCUACGGCUGCUCCCUGGCCUGCGCCGAGCACUGCCUGACGCUGCUGCGCGCGCUCGCCUCGCAGCCCGACCACCGCACGCGCCUCUGCCGCUUCGGGCUGGUGCAGGAGCUGGUGCAGCACAACCUGCACCGGGGGACCCCUCAGUGCCAGGAGGAAGUGCGCGCGCUGAUCUGCCUAGUGACCCGCGACAACCUGCCGGCGACAGAGUCGCUCUGCAGUCUGCUAUCGCAGCGUAUUACGCUGUCCCUCAUGGGGCAUGCCGCCUCGCAAGAUCUCAACAACUCGGUCCGUCCGCUAGUCCUGCUCCUAGGCUCCCUCGUGAAGGUCCAAGACGGCGUAGAAUGCUGGGAGGUCCGCCUCCGCUGCGUGGUCCGCCUGUGGGUGUGGUGUUGCCCGCAGCUCACCGAGGUCGCCGGGCUGCCGUCCGCCGCCAGUGUCAUCCUGAAGCCGGAGGCGCUGGCCGGCAUACCGGGCAUCAACACGUCGUCACCCAACUCGCAUCAAUUUGCCAUGCAGCAAGUCGCGCUCCCCUGCUUGCGCUACAUGCAGCAGCUUAUGGCGCCCGUGCCGCCUGUCGUGUCCGCCAACGGCCAUGCUGAUCCCAAGGAGGCUAAGCCGGAGACCGCUUCCGUGUCGGUGUCGGCCUCGACGGGCGCCCUCGCCGCGUCGACCGGCAGCGUGGUCGUGGACCUGGCCGGCUGGCUGGCCGGCGACGUCACGCACAAGGAAUGGCAGCGGCUAGUCGCGCCGCCCGCCGAGACCGCUCAGUCUCCGCCGCGCGCCACUUACAUCGCGCACAAAUACGUGGCUCGCUGGAGGGAAAAGAUGUUGCUCUCGCACGGCAUGCGGCCCCUGUCCCUGGAGGACGGCGGGUGGCUGCGGCCCGUCAUGUUCGACCCGAGCUCUCGCAUCGCGCGCGACACCGCCUGCCAGAUGGUCAAGUCGCUGUGCGACUCUUACGAGCGCAGCAAGGCUGUACUGAUCCUGCUGACCAGUUUCCUGCCAGAAGUCGGUGUCGCUGGCGAGGCCAGUGAGCAGUUCCUACAACUAUACCAAAGUCUGGCAUCCGAAGCGCCGUGGAAGCAGUUCCUCGCGCUGCGUGGUGUGCUGCAGCAAAUCGCGGACCUUAUGACCAAGGAGAUCGACCAGCUGCACCGGCUCGAGGAGACCACGCUCACGUCCGACUUGGCUCAAGGUUACGCGCUAAAGCGCCUCACCGAGCUCCUAGCGAUGUUCCUGGAGGAGGCGGGCGCGCGGCGCACGUACAAGGGCCGGCUGGUGGGCGCCGUGCUCGGCGGCUACCUGUCGCUGCGGCGGCUGGUCGUGCAGCGCACCAGGCUCACCGACGACACGCAGGAGAAGCUGCUCGAGCUGCUCGAGGAGAUGACCACGGGCACAGAAACAGAGACGGCAGAAUUCAUGGCGGUCUGCAUUGAGACCGUACAAAAAUACCCACUUCAAGACUACCGCACCCCCGUCUUCAUCUUCGAGAGGCUCUGCUCCAUCAUCUACCCUGAGGAGAACGACGUCGGGGAGUUCUUCCUCACGCUGGAGAAGGAUCCGCAGCAAGAGGACUUCUUACAGGGCCGGAUGUUAGGCAACCCGUACUCUUGCCUGGAGCCCGGCAUGGGUCCGCUCAUGCGAGACGUGAAGAACAAGAUCUGCACAGACUGCGAGCUGGUGGCGCUGCUGGAAGACGACAACGGCAUGGAGCUGCUUGUCUGCAACAAGAUCAUGUCCCUUGAUCUGCCUGUCAAGGAGGUCUAUAAGAAGGUGUGGUGUACAUCGGGCGAGGGAGUCGACGCGAUGCGCGUCGUCUACCGAAUGCGAGGACUGCUAGGCGACGCCACGGAAGAAUUCGUGGAGACGCUCUCUCAGACUAACGCGGAGACAGUGGACGAUGAACAGGUCUACAGGAUGGCGAACGUGUUGGCUGACUGCGGCGGCUUAGAAGUGAUGCUGCAACGCCUUGCAGCCAUUCAGCGAGUAGGCGCCGCGCGCUCUCUCUGCUCAACUCUACUACGAUUGCUAGGGCUAUGCGCGCGCGUGCGGCGCUGCGUGUGCGUGCUGACGCUUGCGAGCACGCGCGCGCUGCCCGUGCUGCUGCACGCGUUGCAGUUAGCCGCCGAUGAGGAGAAGGACUUGCCGCGCGCGUUGCUUGUCUACCAGCUGUUGGAGAUAAUGGAGCGUAUUCUGUCUGUGGCGGCGAGCGAGAGCCUGGAGUCUUUCCUGCAGUUCUCGCUGACAUUCGGCGGACCGGAGUACGUGCAGGCACUGCUAAACUGCACGGACAAUCCAGGGAUCCGCAGCAACUCCGUAGCCCUUGGCCAUCUGACGCGAGUACUAGCUGCGCUCGUAUACGGCAACGACCUCAAGAUGGCCAUGCUCGUCGAACACUUCAAACCGGUCUUUGUCUUCGACAAACUCGACGGUGAACAACUGACUGAGGAAGAGUUCCGUAUGGAACUGUUCUGUGUGCUAUGUGCUAAUAUAGAGAGGAAUUCUAUUGGAGGAACGCUCAAGGACUAUCUGAUAUCGCUGGGAGUUGUGAGGGACGCUUUGGAAUAUAUUGUGAAAAACGCUCCAUGCGUGAAACCGACACUAGUUUGCAACGACUCAGACGAGCUGAAGGAGUUCAUCAGUCGACCUGCGCUCAGAUACAUCCUUCGCUUCCUAACCGGACUUGCGGCCGACCACGAGCCUACCCAGAUGCUGGUGUGCGAGAAAGUGAUCCCGAUAGUCCACCGGCUGGAGCAGGUGUCGUCCGGCGAGCACGUCGGCUCGCUCGCCGAGAACCUGCUCGAGGCGCUCAAGUCGCAGCCGCAGUGCGCCGCCAAGGUGCAGGAGGCGCGCGAGUUCACCCGCCAGGAGAAGAAGCGUCUCGCGAUGGCGGUGCGCGAGCGGCAGCUGGGCGCGCUCGGCAUGCGCAGCAACGAGCGCGGGCAGGUCACCGCGCAGUGCUCGCUGACGCAGCAGAUCGCCGACCUGGCGGAGGAGGCGGGCGCCGUGUGCUGCAUCUGCCGCGAGGGCUACAAGUACCAGCCCACCAAGGUGUUGGGCAUCUACACAUUCACGAAGCGCUGUCCGGUGGAAGAGUUCGAGGUGCGCGCGCGCAAGACGCUGGGCUAUACCACCGUGUCGCACUACAACAUCGUGCACGUCGAGUGCCACAUGGCGGCCGUGCGGCUCGCCCGCGCCAGGGACGAGUGGGAGAGCGCGGCGCUGCAGAACGCGUCGACACGCUGCAACGGGCUGCUGCCGCUGUGGGGGCCGCACGUGCCCGAGUCCGCCUUCGCCAGCUGCCUCGCGAGGCACACAACAUAUCUUCAGGAAUGCACCGGUCACCGGGACAUUAGCCACACCUGCACCAUCCACGACCUGAAGCUGCUGCUGUGGCGGUUCGCGCGCGGGCGCACGUUCCACGACGACACCGGCGGCGGCGGCCCGCUGUCCAACAUGCAGCUCGUGCCCGCGCUGCUGCACAUGGCCCUCUACGUGGUCAACACGUCGCGACUGGUAGCCCGUGAGGUAGCAGCACUGGAGACGUCGCUGGCGUGGGCGGCGGCGCGCCUGCUGUCCUCCGCGCACGACGCCGACGGCCCGCUCUACUACGCCACGCAGAUCCUGCUCGUGUACCCGCUCGUCAAAUGGAAAGCGCACAAGAUCGACACUCUGAAACGCCUGCUGGUGAUCGGCCACGUGCGCGCCGUGGCGCCGGGCGGGCCCGCGCUGCGAGCGAUAGCGUUCAAGCACCGCGCGCCCCGCCCCUGGGCCGACUACAAGCCCUACGCGCUCUUCGUGGCGCUCAUCGACCACCUCUACAACACCAUGUUUAAGUCCGUGAACGCUACAACCAUUGACCAGUGGUCCAUCAAACUGGCCGAAUACAUCCGAAACAACGACGAAGCGAACGCCAAAGCUGCCGAGCGGAUCGUCACAACCUUCACCGACGAACUCCUCCCCUGCGCCUCCUUCGCAGAGUUCUGCGACGCCGCCGGCCUGCUCGGCGACAUACCCGACCCGGACGCCUGGCUGCAGGCCCUCAUCAAUGAGCAACCCUGAUUCAGGGCGUUGCAGGCGGUUCUGGAUAGGGCUGGGACGUCCCAGUGAACGCCUGUAUACAUGUUAAAGGGGUCUCUUUCGUUUCCCAUGUAGUUUUAAGUCAUAAUGUAUUGUUUGUCCACAUUUUUGUUAGUCAUAAUUUGGUUUUUCUUAGAAACGCGUAACUUUUCAGGAUUGCCAAACAAACCUAACCUAACCUACCUAUAGGAUAACCUGAGGAAAAUUCUGAAAAGUUAACGGUUUCAGAAUUAUGACUAAUGAUAAUAUGACAAUCAUUACAUUAUGACUUUCAAUAAUUAUGUCAAAAAAAGGGACCCCGUUAAAAGGACGUGGUGUAAUGGAAAUAUAACUAGAAAAAAAAAACAUUGAAAACGUUCGCGUGUAAUGAGUACUGGCGUGCGGCGCGCUAAUAGCAUUUUCGUGAAAUCUGAACGCAUCAAAGGGCGACUCGACACUAGUGUCUUUUCUUUCUGGUCAGCGCUAUGGAAAAUGGCGUCGCGUUCGCGUCAACGUUGCGUCGAGCACCAACCAUAAAGUUGACUAGACGCUAGCUCGGGAGACGCUAGUGUGCUGUGACCUUAAAGGUUUCAAUUUCAGUAAUGAUUGUUUUUAGUUGUAUGUUUUUCUCUAAAUUACGUUCAAUAAUGGUCGGAUCACGAACCCUUCAAGUGUAAGGCUAUAAAAGUCGAUUUAGUUAACUGAUGAAUAUUUUAAUCAAUACGACAAUGACUUGAAGGGACAGUUAGACGAUUAUAAUUAUAACGAUGAAAUUAUUAACGUUAAUCGUUAAUAUUAUUAACGAUGUAAUGUGUUCCUUUUACUGCAGUUUUCAUUAUACCUUGAUACCGGUGCUAGUUAUCAUUUCAUUACUGAUAUUAAAGCUGUCACCAGCACCAAACUACUAAAGAAUCUGACACUACAUAUUGUGAAGGAGCGUAUUGGCAGUCUCUAUAACUGAAUUGUCUUUGAUAUAAUGGGACCCAAGCCCAAGCCGUGUUACAGUACCGCCCAGAGAUGUUGUGCACGUCUUCAAUACGCACUUACUAUGUUAGCGUUGAUGUUUGUAUUCAUGGAAUCUAUUUAUUAUAAUAAAAUUAAAAUGCUUGAAAUUAAAUUAAUGUAUAAUGUAUUUGGGGCUUUAGGCCGCCUUAUUCUGCUCUAAUAAACGUUUUGCUUUAA